AUGUUCGCUCGAGGAAUCCGUGCCGUCUCCCGACGAGCUGCCAUCGGUGCUCCUCUCGCUCGCCCUACCAUUCUCCCUGCCACCCGACAGAUCGCCCCCGCCGUUUCCGUCAACGCCUCGCGCUCUUACCACGAGAAGGUCCUCGACCACUACUCGCGACCCCGAAAUGUUGGCUCCAUGAACAAGAAGGACGCUGAUGUCGGUACCGGUCUUGUCGGUGCUCCCGCCUGUGGCGAUGUCAUGAAGCUUCAGAUCCGCGUCGACCCUGAAACCCAAAAGAUCUCCGAGGUCAAGUUCAAGACAUUCGGAUGUGGUUCCGCCAUCGCCUCCAGCAGCUAUCUUACCGAGCUUGUCCGUGGCAUGAGCCUCGAUGAUGCCGGCAAGGUCAAGAACACCGAGAUUGCCAAGGAGCUCUGCUUGCCUCCCGUUAAGCUGCACUGCUCCAUGUUGGCCGAGGAUGCCAUCAAGUCAGCCAUCUCCGACUACUACACCAAGAACCCCAACGCCAAGGUCAGCAACCUCAGCGGUACUGGCAUGAAGCUCCCCGAGGCCGAUGCUCCCGCUGCUGCCACUGCCUAA